AUGGUGGACGACGUCGUAGCGAAGGUGGGGCAGAGCAAGUUGAAUGAUUUGAUCAAGAAGAACCUCGACGAAUUUGCCGACUUUGCAGCCCAAGGAAAGAAGCUGUUGGGCAAAAGCUCAGAAGCUACGAAAAACUGGGGCAAAUUGAAAGCUUCAGUGCUAAGGGGAAAACUCAAGCCUGCCUACGAAUAUGCCGACCAGUUAAGCCUCUCAACUCUGCAGCAGUUGGACGAAAUCCAAAAGCUGAGGAAGGUGGAUAUUAAAAACGGCGUGAAGGGAAGUAAGAAGACACCUGAUGGAAUGCGCAGGAAAUUUGCUACCUCUAACCCCCCUAAAGAGAGGAUACUUCCAAAAGAAGAGUAUUUGGUGUCCCACGUAGGCCGUGACAUGCAACGUUAUGGCAAAGACGGUAGUCGACUCUUGUCGGCAGGCGUGGUUACGCGGACUAACGAGCAAGGCCAGCUUCAGAUCCUCUUGAUUUCGAGCUCGAAUCCGAAUAAACACGACUUUUUACUACCCAAAGGUGGGUGGGACAAGGGCGAGAAUAUCAAGAAAGCGGCUCUGCGUGAGGUCAUCGAAGAAGGAGGAGUGAAUGCACAACUAGCGCACGGUCUGGGAAAAGUGAAAUUUAAAGAAGGGGAAGAUAAGUAUACCUACUUCGCUUACUUGAUGAAAAGCAACCAAAUUUAUGACGACUGGGCCGAGAGUAUUCGCUAUCGUGUAUGGGUUACUCCGGAUGAAGCGAUCGUAAUGCUCCAAAAGCGCCCCCACAUGCAAGAAGUGGUGAAAAGAGCGAAAGCCAUGCAGAACAAAAUCACAGCUGGAAUAAAACCCGAGCUCAACCCCGACCUAGCAAAAGUCAAGCUUGAUUGA